GUCGCGGAUACCAAAGCCGUACUUUUAAAACGGCAACUUAGCAAAUGGAAUAAUUAGUUUUUGUACAUUCAAUAACACUAUGUCAGAUGAUCAAGAAGAACAGCAGGAUUAUUUUGAACGGCUGAGACCUUUGCAACGAUAUGAUCGCGUUAUUAAAAGACUUCCUACCCCAACCUAUAGCUGCAGCUCGACUAAAAAUCUCCCAGUUCUUCCUCCAGUUGUAAAGCCUGAAGCACCUUCUUCUCUAUAUGCCAUGGUCACCAGAAACGCAACUCACCCACCAUUAAUGAACCCAUUUUCUUUGACUCGGGCUGCACCAUUUAAGGAACAGAGGCAUUGGCGGCCACCGAGCCAAUCCAUCGGAAACAAUUUUUCGCCGCUAGCUUCCAAUAUUUUCAUUAAUAAGCUUGCUGCUGUCAGUGACAUUACGCAGCUGAGGAGCAGCAAAUUCAUUUGCAAUGAGUAUACUGAAGAGGGAGGUCCAAGUAGACCGAUGUCUCCAGAGAAGCAGAUAGCCGAAAUGAAAGCAUUGGAAGCUGAGCGAAGUGCAGAGAGAAGCCUGCCAUCCGAACGUGAUCUUGAGCGAUAUAUGUACUACAUAAGCAAAGGUGUCCCUGACGGUAUGCUGGCUCCGCCACCCGAUCACCUUUGGCUCAAGUUGGAAGAAUAUACUCCGCAGGUGUUGGUCACCGCUUGGCCCACCUUGGCAGAAGAGUUGCGUGAGGAGAUACGUCACGAUUACGACCAGGCACUUCGUAAAGCAGUGGUUGAUUACAUCUUGCUGGAUCCUGCGGAACGUAAACGCCUUUUUGUCAGCUGGAUUCCGGUCCCAUAUCCAAGCUAUGUGGUACGAUCUCCGGUACCAUGGCAUGCAGUACGUCAAAAGGCAUUCCAGUUUUGUCAAAAAAGCCUGUUCACUCCAUGCGCCCUCACGUUAGCAAUUCAGCAAAUUUGGCAAACUGAGUUUGCACAACUCCGUUUCGUCCAGGUGGAUAGCAUUCGAGCUUUGGAUGAACCACUGGAGCCGGCCAAAUUCGAGUCGAUCAUCACCUCACAGUGCACCAAAACCAGGGAGUUGCUACGUUCCACUUGGAUUCCAAAAUGUGCCAAUGCGUUCAUUGAGUUACGCAACACAUGGUCCCAUUUACUCCCGCUGAGGAAGACUGACAAUAUGGAACCGGUGCGCGCAUUUUUUGCUUGCAUUGCAGCGUUGAUGUCAAAGCAGCUGCGGUCGAUAGUGGAUCAGUCCUUGAAGGAUCUGCUGGAGUUAUUGCAAGAGCAUCAAGACGGUAACGCGUUCGAAGAGCCGUACGAUGAACUGAAAUUUCUUCGCCGUCCUCUCCUACUAAUUCACCUACGUGUCUCGGAUCCCAGGAUUGUGUUUUCUCCAACCUCUCGUGAGACCCGUGACUGCAUUCUUCGAUGUUUCCAAGCAAUCACAGAUGCAGCCGAAGGUCUUCCAAGGGUCGAGGUUGACGUGUUUCCCGAACUUCGAAAUCAACCACUUCAUUUGCGGUCUGUGUCAUUCCGCGAACAAUUAGUCAUUGAAUACACCGACAAGGCGAUGACUGUGUUCAGGGCAAAUUCUGUGGGCCCGAAAGAUUACUUGGAAAUUUAUAAGCCCUACGGCAAUUUGCUUAAUAAUAAAGCAGAAUUGGAACUGCGCAAUUUUCUCAAGGAUCGUCACACCCUGUUGUCAGUUAAAAAGAGGAAAGGCAAAGCGUGGCUAAAUGAUCCAGAGCUGGUGGAACAAGUUAACAAGAGUCUGCAAACAGUGCAGCAGAAAAUCGAGGGAUUUCAGGAUUUGCGAGCGGAAAUCAAUAUGCUCCGAAUCACCGUACCACUUAGCCUGUUCAGUGUGGACUGCAAAAGCGUAAACGAAGAGUUGGCCAAUAGAGUAUGGAAGCUGCGGGAUAUCCUCAUUUCUUUUGAGCUGGAUGAAAACAGAGACGUCAACCGAGGUAUUUGCCGCCGGUAUGACGAGAUAAUGAAUCGCUUGAGUGAAACGCCACCAGAUACAGAGUGUCUUGUUCAACUGCAGGCAUACAUGCGAGACGUUUCAAAUACUUUGGUAUUCAAAUUGAAAGAUGAAGUCGCCGACGCAGCAGAAAGAUUGAACUUUUUGUUGGACUACGCUUUUCUCUCAGCUGACGAUAUCAAGCUGAAUUCCACACUCUUCUACUGGCCCGAGAAUAUUCUCAGUGUGCUUGAUGUGACCUCGACACGCGUGGGUAUGUUGCGAGAGAAUGCAGAGGAUGAGUUGAAACAACGCACGACUUCAUUGGAACAACGCAUUCUCAACUGUUGGGAUCGCAUCACAGUAAUGCGUAAACGAGAAAUGACUUCCUUGGAGGAGAUGGUAAGAUCAGUGCAGAUUUUGGACGAAUUCGCUGUCGAACUGGAAGCGCUCACAACGGAGUCAGAACAAAUCAACAAGGAAGAAGGUCUGGUCCAAUGGGAGAUAACACAGUUCCCACAAUUGGUGGAAUUGCGCAGGCAAAUGGAGCCAUUCGAUAAACUGUGGCGUACUGCGCUAGAGUUCGACACAUGUAACAAGAAUUGGCUCCAGGCCCCGUAUCACACCAUCAAUCCAUACGAAGUGGAACAACAGGUAUCCGAUAUGUACAAGACGAUGCACAAGCUUACCAAGACGUUGGCUGAACUCCCCGGUCCGGCUAAAGUGGCACAAAAGAUGAAGACCAAAUUGUUGAAGUUUCAACAGUUCUUACCCGUUAUCCACGUGGUGUGCAAUCCGGGUAUUCAGUCACGCCAUUGGGACCAGAUGAGCGACAUCGUUGGUUUCGACAUCAAGCCUCAACCAGAUACACAACUGAUCAAUUUCUUGGAGUACGGACUGAAAUCACAUUUGGAUCAGUUGGAAGAGGUCGGUGCUGCAGCUGCCAAAGAGCAUCAGCUGGAAACCACCAUGGCUAAGAUGAAGGAUGAGUGGCGUCUGAUGCGCUUUGAGUUACUGCCCUAUAGAGACACGGGAAUUUCAAUUCUAUCGGCCAUCGAUGAUAUUCAAGUUCUGCUGGAUGAUCACAUCAUCAAAGCGCAGACAAUGCGUAGCUCACCGUAUAUAAAGCCGUUCGAGAAAGAAAUGGUGGCUUGGGAAAGCAAGCUCGUCUCCAUGACCGACAUCUUGGACGUGUGGUUGAAAGUUCAAGCGACAUGGCUGUAUCUGGAGCCGAUUUUCUCAUCGGAGGAUAUUCUAGCUCAGAUGCCGGAGGAGGGUAGGAAAUUUGGCGUUGUCGACGUGUUAUGGCGCGAAGUGAUGACCGAGACCGCUGUGAAUCCGAGCUGCCUCGUGGCCACCGGUCAGCGCGACAUGCUACGCCGCUUAACUGACGCUCACAUUUUGUUGGAAGAAAUUCAGAAAGGAUUGAAUGAUUACCUAGAGAAGAAGCGACUCUACUUUCCUCGAUUCUUCUUCCUAUCCAACGAUGAACUGCUGGAAAUUUUGUCAGAGACUAAAGAUCCCCAACGUGUUCAACCACAUCUGAAAAAAUGCUUCGAAGGAAUCAGUCGGUUAUCAUUCACGGAACAGCAAGAAAUCGUGGGGAUGAUUUCGGCCGAGGGAGAAACUGUUCCAUUUGUCACUAAAAUAUACCCAGCCAAGGCGAAGGGUAUGGUGGAAAAAUGGCUUCUUCAAGUGGAGGACGUGAUGCUGAGUAGCCUGCGAAAAGUCAUAGCAGAUAGCGUAUACGCCUAUUCGGAAACACCAAGAGAGAAGUGGGUCCUUGAUUGGCCUGGACAGGUCGUUCUGUGCGUAUCAUGCAUCUACUGGACGGAGGAAGUCCAAGAGGCAGUGAAUAAGAGCACAUUGGCGAACUACAAAGCCAAAUGUGACAGACAGAUAGAGGAGACUGUGCGACUAGUUCGUGGUCCACUGACAAGCGGUGAACGCAUCACUUUGGGUGCGCUGAUUGUGGUCGACGUACAUGCGCGUGAUGUUGUCACCCAGAUGGUUGAACACGACGUCCGUUUCGUGCAAGCAUUCGAGUGGCUCAGUCAGCUGAGGUACUAUUUCGAAGCAGAAGAAGCCACGAAAGUCACCGUCUGUCAAAUCACCACGGAACUGAACUAUGGGUAUGAAUAUUUAGGCAACACACCGCGCUUGGUGAUAACUCCCCUGACCGAUCGAUGCUACCGGACACUGAUGGGUGCACUGAAGCUGCAUUUGGGAGGCGCUCCCGAGGGUCCUGCAGGAACCGGCAAAACGGAAACUUCUAAGGAUCUGGCUAAGGCGGUCGCUAAGCAGUGUGUGGUUUUCAACUGCUCUGAUGGGCUAGAUCACCGUGCAAUGAGCAAAUUUUUCAAAGGACUUGCGCAGUCCGGUGCUUGGGCUUGUUUCGACGAGUUCAACCGUAUCGAACUCGAAGUGCUAUCAGUGGUGGCUCAGCAGAUCUUCUGUAUCCAGUCCGCCAUCAGUGCUGGACUGAAACGUUUUGUCUUUGAAGGAACGGAACUGAAUCUCGAUUCCACCUGCGCCAUUUUUAUCACCAUGAAUCCUGGAUAUGCAGGGCGACAAGAGCUACCAGACAACCUGAAGGUGUUGUUCCGUUCGGUGGCCAUGAUGGUGCCUGAUUACGCGCUCAUUGGAGAAAUUUCGCUUUAUUCAAUGGGAUUCAUCGAAGCACGAUCAUUGGCCAGUAAAAUUGUCGCCACAUAUCGCUUGUGCUCGGAGCAAUUAUCCUCGCAGCAUCAUUAUGACUACGGUAUGAGGGCGGUCAAAUCGGUUCUAACAGCCGCUGGGAAUCUGCGUCAAAAAUACCUGGAGGAAGAUGAAUCCGUCUUGUUGCUCAAAGCAAUAAACGACGUCAAUUUGCCCAAAUUUUUGUCACAGGACAUUCCGCUCUUCGAAGGUAUCAUCUCGGAUCUGUUCCCGGGUGUUAGCCUCCCCAAAGGAGAUUAUGAUCAGUUCUUGAAUGUAAUGAAACAACGUUUGGAAAAGCGCGAGCUGCAAGCAGUUCCGUGGUACACAGAUAAGAUUUUGCAAAUCUACGAAAUGAUUCUUGUGAGGCAUGGCCUCAUGAUUGUCGGUGAUCCUCUGAGUGGCAAAACCCAGGCCUAUCAAACCUUGGCCGACACGUUGACUCAACUGUCGGACACUGGGAUCAUGCCCGAUGAGAAUCCAGUGGUCUAUGGGAUCAUCAACCCGAAGGCGAUCACAAUGGGUCAGUUGUACGGACAAUUUGAUCUAGUCUCUCAUGAGUGGUCCGAUGGAAUACUGGCCGUUAUGUUCCGUGAAUUCGCAGUGGCACAGGACAAAAAACGUCGCUGGGUUAUUUUUGAUGGUCCCGUAGAUGCGGUGUGGAUUGAGAAUAUGAACACUGUGCUAGACGAUAACAAGAAACUAUGCCUGAUGUCAGGUGAGAUAAUACAAAUGUCGCCGUACAUGAACUUGAUUUUUGAACCUGCCGAUUUGGAACAAGCCAGCCCAGCCACUGUGUCUCGUUGCGGCAUGAUCUACAUGGAACCAACCCAACUAGGCUGGCGGCCUAUGGUCAAGUCAUACAUUGAGCACAAGUUACCAAGCGCUCUCGGCGAAGAGCUGUUCGAAUUGAUAAACGAUCUGUUUGAAUGGCUGAUUGACCCCACACUGGCGUUCAUCACUACCAAUUGUCGACAGUUGUUCCACGUGUCCGAGUUCCAUGCGGUUAAGCAGCUCAUCGUGUUGUUCGACUGUUUGCUGGACGAAAUUCGUGCUUGGGCGAUGACGGAUCACUCUGCGCAGGCUGCCGAAGGAGUAAAUCAGCCUCAGACUAUGUCAGGUCAAACAGUGUACCUCCAACUACACGCCAUCUUUAUGUUCUCGGUCGUUUGGAGCCUUGGAACGGUGUUACCUACGGAAUCCCGCGUACGUUUCGAUGCGUUCUUCCGUGAUCUCGUCUCCGGUACGAAUGUAGCGCAUCCAAAACCAAAGACAAUCAAAUUGACGAAAAGCAACUCGUUCCCUGAACGCUUGACAGUCUAUGACUUUUGGUUCGAUAAGCGGUCCAACGGUUCGUGGCGUGAAUGGAGCCAGUGCACUGCGUCAGGCCUAGACAGACUAGAUGAAACCGAGCCGGUGGAUCCUAUGACUGGUGUCCCGACUGGCGGCACAGUAAGUCCCACCGCCCAGGACGCAGGAGCAAGCGAUUUCAUCGUGAACACUGUGGAGACAAUUCGCAUGAACUACUUUUUGAAUUUGUACAUCUCGCGUCAAGUCCCACUGUUGCUAGUGGGUCCGACUGGAACUGGAAAGUCCGCAAUCGCUAGCCGUUUCCUCAUCGAUCUACCAAAGGAGAGGUACAUACCCAACACGCUCAAUUUCUCAGCACGUACCAGUGCGAAUCAAACGCAAGAUAUAAUCAUGUCUCGCUUGGAUCGACGACGCAAGGGUGUGUUUGGUCCACCGCCCGGAAAGGAAUGCAUUGUGUUUGUGGAUGAUUUGAAUAUGCCCAUGAAAGAGAAAUACGGCGCUCAGCCGCCGCUCGAAUUGCUUCGGAUGUGGCUCGACCACGGACACUGGUACGAUCGGAAAGACAAUACGAAGCAAAUUUUGGCAGAUGUUCGCUUCAUGGCCGCCAUGGGCCCUCCGGGUGGGGGCCGCAAUACAGUAACUUCACGCCUGACCCGACACCUUAACGUCCUAGGCGUGAACGAAUUCGAUGAUAGCGCCAUGCUCCGCAUCUUUACAACGAUAGUGGAUGCGCACUUCAGCAGGGGGUUCGAACCACAAUUCCAGCGAUUGGGAAAGAUCAUGGUGCAAGCCACUUUAAAUGUGUAUAAGCAAGCCAUCUCAAGCUUCCUGCCCACCCCGGCCAAGUCACACUAUGUGUUCAACCUACGUGACUUCGCGAGAGUGAUUCGAGGAGUGCAGUUGGUACCUGCGACCCAAAUGAACGAUCCGGAGAAGCUGAUGCGUCUUUGGGUACACGAGGUUUAUCGUGUAUUUUACGAUCGACUCAUUUCGGCUGAAGACGAGGAUCGAUUUUUCGAAAUUGUCCGACAGACGUGCUCGGAUUGUUUCCGUACAAAUCUGGACAAAGUACUCGGUCAUUUGAGCCGUAGUGGCCGCGUCUCGGACGAGGAUGUACGCGAUCUGCUGUUCGGCAACUACAUGCAGGAUGACAACACGUACAAUGAGGUGAAGGACUUAAAAGAGCUCACCAAUCGCAUGGAAAGUUAUUUAGAGGACUACAAUUCUUUGUCUAAAACUCCGAUGAAUUUGGUGAUGUUCAAGUUUGCCAUCGAGCACGUGAGCCGCGUCAGCCGAGUACUACAACAAGAGAGUGGACAUGCACUCUUAGUCGGCGUUGGAGGAAGUGGACGCCAGAGUGCCACCAAGCUCGCCACACACAUCAACGAUCACGACUUGUUCGUGAUCGAGAUCACUCGGAGUUACGGAGUGAAUGAAUGGCGUGAAGACUUGAAGCGUCUCCUCCUUAAAACCGGUUGUGACGGUCGAUCGACGGUGUUCCUUAUCAGUGACACACAGCUGAAGCAUGAGUCAUUCAUGGAAGACAUAUCAAUGCUGCUGAACUCCGGAGACGUGCCUAACCUCUUCCCACCAGAUGAGAAAGCGGAACUGAUUGACAAGAUACAGGUUCAUGCCAGAAAUGAGGGUCGCAAAAUCGAUUCCACACCCUUGGCUAUGUACACCUACUUCACUGAAAGGGUUCGAAAGCAUUUACACAUUGUGUUAGCAAUGAGCCCUAUUGGCGACGCUUUCCGAUCUCGUCUUCGUAUGUUCCCUUCGUUGAUCAACUGCUGCACCAUCGAUUGGUUCCACGUUUGGCCCGAGGAUGCAUUGGAAAUGGUAGCCAACAAGAAUUUUGAAGAGAUCGAGUUCGCUGACAACACCCGAGAAUCGUCCGUGUAUAUGUGUAAAUAUUUUCACGAAAGUGUGCGGAAAUUAUCGGAUCGAUUCUUGGAAACGCUUCGGAGGCACAGUUAUGUGACUCCUACCUCCUAUUUGGAGAUGAUACUGACGUUCAAGAAGUUGUUGACCAAGAAGCGGUCUCAGCUGACCACUAAGCGUAAUCGUUACCUGACUGGAUUGCAGAAAUUGGAAUUCGCCGCCGGCGAAGUGGGAAAAAUGCAAACUGAAUUGCGUAACUUACAACCUUUGUUGAUGGAGACCAGUGCUGAGACCGAUGUGUUGCUAAGGAAGAUAGCGCAAGACUCCGUGGAGGUUGAGGCACAAAGAGAGAUUGUAGCUGCUGACCAAUUGGUUGCGAAUCAAGCGGCUGCUGCAUCUAAAGCGAUCAAAGAUGAGUGUGAAGCGGAUUUGGCGGAGGCUAUGCCGAUUCUGAAGGACGCAUUGGCCUCACUGGAUACAUUGAAGCAAAGUGAUAUCACCUUGGUGAAAUCCAUGAAGAACCCGCCUAAUGUGGUGAAACUAGUCAUGGAAGCAGUGUGCAUCAUGCUGAGUGAGAAACCUGAUAGAAGACCGGAUGGAACGGGGCGAAUGGUGGAAGAGUUUUGGGGUCCAUCGUUAAAGUUGUUAGGUGACAUUAAAUUUUUGGAUCGCUUGCGAAACUACAACAUCGACCACAUUCCCGCACCUGUUAUGAAAAGGAUUCGUGACAGUUACAUUCCAAACUCGGAUUUCGAUCCAAAGAUUGUGCGCAACGCAAGCACGGCUUGUGAGGGUUUAUGCAAGUGGAUAAUUGCACUGGACAAGUACGAUACAGUAGCGAAGAUUGUGGCACCCAAGAAGGAGAAGCUCGCGGUCGCCGAGGCUGAGCUGCAAGUACAGAUGGCCAAGCUAGCCGAGAAGAAGGCGGCUCUGGAUGAGGUACAGGCUAAAUUCCAAGCGCUACAAGAUCAACUGGAUGAGAUGCAGAUGAAGAAACAGGAUUUGGAGGAUAACAUAGAGUUGUGUAGCAAGAAGCUGGACAGAGCGGAAAAGCUCAUCAGUGGACUAGGGGGAGAAAAGAGUCGGUGGACAGAUGCCGCUGCAAUGUUGAAAAAUCGUUUCCACAAUAUUAUUGGGGACGUGUUGCUCAGCGCUGGUGUGGUGGCGUACCUUGGACCGUACACAGUGGAUUUCCGCACAGCGAUUCAACAAGAAUGGCACCAACUGUGUAUCAAGCUGGAGGUCCCGUGUUCGGAAGUAUUUCGCAUUUCUGACACUCUUGGUGAUCCGGUCAAAAUCAGAUCCUGGAACAUCGCUGGUCUGCCCGUUGAUAGUUUUUCCAUCGACAACGGUAUUAUAGUGACGAGUUCGGAUCGCUGGUCCCUCUGUAUUGAUCCACAAGGACAAGCAAACAAGUGGAUUAAGAACAUGGAGAAGGAUAACAAGUUGGGUGUGAUCAAGCUCAGCGAUUCAAACUAUUUGCGUACUUUGGAAAACUCCAUUCAGUUUGGUAUGCCAGUGUUGAUGGAAAAUGUCGGCGAACAGUUGGAUCCCAUUUUGGAACCGAUCUUACAGCGACUUGUGUACAAAUCUCAGGGCGCCUAUUACAUGCGUCUUGGGGACAGUGUGAUCGAGUACAAUACAAAUUUCCGUUUCUACAUCACUACACGCUUGCGCAACCCACACUAUUUACCGGAAAUUUCCGUUAAAGUAUGUCUGAUCAAUUUUGUCAUUACGCCCUUGGGACUGGAGGAUCAGUUGCUAGGCAUCGUUACAGCUGAAGAGAAACCUGAAUUGGAGGCCACCAAGAAUGAGUUGAUCGUGACAUCAGCUGAUAACAAGCGACAACUAAAAGAAUUAGAGGAUAAAAUCUUGGAAGUCUUGAGUGCCUCACAAGGCAAUAUUUUGGAGAAUGAGACCGCGAUCAAUGUGUUGAGCUCGUCGAAGAAACUGAGUGAAGAAAUUACCGAAAAGCAAAUUGUUGCCGAGUCUACCCAACUGGAAAUUGACGAGGCUCGAAACGGUUACCGGCCAGUAGCACAGCACGGAUCUUUGCUAUUCUUUUGCAUUUCCGAUUUGUCCAACAUCGAUCCGAUGUACCAAUAUUCGUUGACGUGGUUCAUAAAUCUCUUUUUAUCGUCAAUCAUGAACAGCGAGAAGUCACAAGUGUUGGAGGAACGAAUCGAAAUUCUCAACAACUACUUCACCACCAGUGUAUAUCGGAACAUUUGUCGAUCACUGUUUGAAAACCACAAGCUACUGUUCUCCUUAUUGAUGUGUUAUUCCCUGAUGAAAAGCAAAAAUCUGGUCGACGAGGAGGUUUGGCGUUUCUUGCUCACCGGUGGUGUUGCGCUGGACAAUCCCCAUCCGAAUCCUGCUCCGAACUGGUUGUCGGAGAAGUCAUGGGCUGAAAUAGUCCGAGCAUCGAACUUGACAGAGUUGCAAGACUUCAUGGACGCUGUCAAAUCGAAUCCCGAUUCAUGGAAACAGAUGUACGAUAGCACAGAACCUCACAGAUUUGUCGCUCCUGGAAAGUUCAGUGGCUUGAAAGGUUUGGAGAAAUUGGUUGUCCUACGAUGCAUUCGACCGGAUAAAGUGGUUCCCGGAAUUCAGGACUUCAUCGUGGAAAACAUGGGCCCGUCGUUCAUUGAACCACCCACGUUUGAUUUGGCGGGCUCCUUUGCGGACUCUAGCAACUGCUCUCCUUUGAUUUUUGUGCUGUCUCCCGGAGCGGAUCCAAUGAACGCCUUGAUACGUUUCGGUGCCGAUAUGAACUACACUGGCGACCGAAUACAAACUAUCUCAUUGGGUCAAGGUCAGGGACCAAUUGCAGCCAAAAUGAUCGAACAGGGGAUUCAGGAUGGAUCUUGGAUUGUGCUGCAAAACUGCCACCUUGCUGUCAGCUGGAUGCCAACGCUGGAAAAGGUUUGCGAAGAAGUGAUAGUACCAGCCGAAACGCACAAGGAUUUCCGACUUUGGUUAACCAGCUACCCCUCUAAAGAAUUUCCGGUGACAAUAUUGGAAAACGGAAUCAAAAUGACCAAUGAGCCUCCCAAAGGACUCCGACCAAAUCUUCUGAGGUCCUACUUGAAUGACCCAAUCUCGAACCCAAGUUUCUUUGAUGGGUCUACGAAGAUCACAAUUUGGCACAAAAUGCUGUUUGGCCUGUGCUUCUUCCACGCACUGGUCCAGGAACGACGCAAAUUUGGUCCGCUGGGUUGGAAUGUGCCUUACGAGUUCAACGAAUCUGACCUCCGUAUCAGCAUGCGUCAAAUGCAG